AUGCUUGCCAGCUGCCUGGAAGAUUCACAAUGCCUUCCAUGUCCAACUUCUGAAGCCCUAUCGGGAUCCGAACACGAUCUUCGUCGGACGCCAACCGCCGCCGCUGCCGCCCGCCCUCCUCCAAAAUGAACCCGAGUACGAGGUCGAUUCCAUGCUUGCACACUGUCGUCGUCGGAAUGGCACCGUGGAGCUUCUCAUUCGUUGGAAGGGUUAUGAUCCUUCUGAGGACAGCUGGGUACCUGAGUCCGACAUGGGUAACGCCCGUCGUCCUCUGCAUGACUACCUUGUCCAGCAGGCACCCCCAGUACGAGAACCCUCUCCAGCACUGGUGCCACCCCCGAGCCCGCCGAGACAAGCCACGAUAGGAGCCCCAGAAAAUGACUUGGAAACGGGUCGUGGGUAAGAUUGGCGACCGGACACGUGGUGCAAACCGUCGGG